ACCCCACGGAGCCGGAAGUGCGCAGACAGUGUUAGCGGCGGCGGACGGCGGCGGCGGGAGGUUCGGUUGUCGCCCGUUGGCCGCGAGGCGCCGCGUUCGGCGGCCGCCAUUGCAGCUUGUCUUCAGUUGGCUUUCCUAAGCGAAAAAACCGAUGGUGCAAAUUGUGGUUUCCAGUGCUGGGGCUGGAGGCUUGGCAGAAUGGGUGCUGAUGGAGCUACAGGGGGAGAUCGAGGCUCGCUACAGCACUGGAUUAGCUGGAAACCUCCUGGGAGACCUACAUUACACCACCGAGGGAAUUCCUGUGCUGAUUGUGGGGCAUCAUAUCCUAUAUGGGAAAAUUAUCCGUUUGGAGAAGCCAUUUGCUGUCCUGGUAAAAAGUGGUUCUGGGGAACAGGAAUGUGAUGAAAGUGGCAGACAGACAGGAACUCGGUACCUAGUGAAAGCUCUAAUAAAGAACAAGAUUCUCUUCAAAACUCGCCCAAAACCCAUUAUCACCAACGUUCCCAAGAAAGUAUGAAAGAACCAAGGAUUUUUUCUAGAGAGCGGCCAACUCCCUGGACUCGUGCCCCAUUCCCACCCCGAGGACGGAUAGAUGGUACUCUUGGUUCACCGAUGGCUCCUGUUUUGAAUGCAGGCAACACAAUGGGGGUAAACCCUGAUCCUUUUCUAAUAGCCAGUGUUCUUGGUGGAAAUCUGACUCGGUUCCCAACUGGCCCCCUUGCCAGAAAUCCAGCUCCUUUUCCAAAGCCAUCUGGCUCAUUGGCUUCAUGUCCGCCUUCCUUCCCAGCUGGUGCCCGUGACUCAAACGUGGUUCCUUUUCCAAGGGGGAUGAAUCCUCCAAGCACAAGCUCAGUUCCUUUCCCAAGGUCAGGUGGCCCACUUGGUUCAGGUCUAAAUCCUAGAGCAGGUAUUGGCACUGGAACUGGUCCUAUGUCUAACCCUAGACCGAGUGGGCUCACAAACACAGGUCCUAUGCCUAAUCCUAGGCCAGGUGGACUCCCCAGUGCAGGCCCUAUGUCUAACCCAAGAGCAAGUGGUCUUCUGGGUGCAGGUCUUGAUCCCAGAACAGGUGGUCUGGGCACAGGUCCUGGUCCUGACUUGAGGACAGCAGGUUCACUAGGCACAGGUCUUGGCCCAAACCUAAGGACUGGUGGCCAUAUGGGCACAGGCUCUGGUCCUGACCCUAGAGGAAGUGGGUUCUUGGGUACUACUGGCCUUGGUCCUAAUUCUAGAAUGGGUGGCCUGGGUGCAGGUGGCCUAGGAGCAGGUGGCAUGGGCAUGAGUGGCUUGGGAGCAGGUGCUGUUGGCACAGGCGGCCUGGGAGCAGGCAGUAUUGGCACAGGCAGUCUGGGCUCAGGCGGCUUAGGCGUAGGUGGCCUUGGAGCAGGUGGCCUGGGGGCAGGAGGCCUGGGUGCAGGUGGCCUUGGAGCAGGUGGCCUGGGUGCAGGACCAGGUCUCAACCUAAGGACCAGUGGUCUUUCAAACACAGGGCAUGUUCCUGAUCCCAGGGCAAGUGGAUUUCUGGGCACAGGCCUUGGUCCUAACUCUAGAGUUGGUAGCCUAGGCGCUGGUACAGGUCCUGGUCUUGGUCCCAACCCAAGAGCAGGUGUCCCAGGACCAGGCCCUGGUCUUAACCCAAGAGUAGGCCUGGGAACAGGCCAGGGCCCUAAUCUGGAUCCCAGGGCAAAUGCUCUCUUGGGAUCAGGGGCUGGUCCCAAUUUGAGAGCUGCUGGUCUCAUGGGCACAGGAUCUGGGCUUGAUUUGAGAACAUCUGGAUCUCUAGGUAUGGAUCUUGCUCCCAUUUUAAGAGCAGCUGGCCUUCUUGGAGCAAAUUCAGCUUCUUUCUCACAAUCAUCUGGAAAUAUGGGUCCAAAUCCAUCUUCCAUGACAAGAGCAACAGGUCCUAUAGGUCACAACUCAGGUCCUGGCUCUAGAAUAGUUGGCCUUCCAGGUCCAAAUUCCUCUCCUAUGCCAAGGGCUACUGGUCCCUUAGGUCCUAAUUCAGCUCCUUUCUCAAGGCCGACUGGCCCCUUGGGUGUAAACUCGGCUCCCUUUCCAAGGGGGACAAAUCCUGCAGGCUUGAACCCAGCUACGUUUUCCCAGGCAACCAGCUCACUCAAUUCAAACCCACCUACCUUUCCACGUUCUGCUGGUCUUCAGGCUACCAGUACAGCAAUUUUUCCAAGGUCAUCUGGUCCCCUGGGCCCAAACCCAGCUAACUUCCCAAGAUCAGUUGGACUGCAAGGCCCAAGUCCAGCUACUUUCCCAAGAUCCACUGGCCCACUAGGUCCUAGUCAAGUCCCAUUUCCCAGGUCUGCUGCUGGUUCACUAGGUCCCACACCAGCAAGUGCCCCAGGCAUAAACCCAGCUCCUUUUCCAAGGCCAUCUGGUCCCCUGGGUAUAAACCCAUCUUUUCCUAGGGUCAAUGGCCCCAUAUUAAAGACUGUGGUACCAUUUCCUAGGAGUGGAAGCCUUUCCGGCCCCAGCCCAAAUGCUUUUCCUAGACCAGGAGGCCCAUUGGCUGCAAUGUACUCAAAUGGAAUGCUGCCACCUUAGAGAUUGCUACCCUCCCGCCUAGGCUACAUUGGCUAUAAGGUACCAUGGCUCUGGGCAAGAUGGAAAGAGCUGUGACCUAAAGGCCAGACCAGACUGUGGCAUGACUUGAUGGCCAUUUCUUUCCACGGCUCAUUUCUCCAAUGAAGAUGGAAUCUUCGUUUUGCUUGUGACACAAGGACUCUGGCAGGCAAGCAAGCCCAAGCCUAAGGAUGGGGAGAAGACUCCCAGUGUCCUGGAGCCUGUGGUGCUUUCUCACUGCUUUGUGCCGAGUUCUCUCUUUCUUACUCAUUUCUUGGAUUGUUCUCCUGGACUUUUCCUCAGGGAUGCAUAGGCCUGCCAGUCCCAGCUCAUUCUGUACUACCAUCUUUUCCCUACCAGAGAAACCCAGGUAGCUGCUUUUGUUGUGUUCCAGUUUCAAACAUUACUCAGUAACUUUGUAAAGAGCAGCUCUGACUGAAUAGUCCUUUCCAGUUCUAAGUAAAGCUUAUUUCUUUAUGCCACAAACUGGACAUCAGCCACCUCUGGAAUUCAUGGGAGGCUAAAGUUGUGAAGCAGCCUCUCGCCUGCCCUUCUUGCUACUGUUACUCCCAAUCAAAGAACCUCAAGAUUUUGAAUUGAUGUUGGCUCUGGGACCUGGGGGUGGGGGGGGAUGGGACGUAAAGGGGAGGGGGAGGGGAAUAAUCACUGCUUUUCAGCCUGCUAUGAAGGCAUUGUUGGUGUUUCAUUCUACAAUAUAUCAUUUCUUACUGUUUCUUUAAUAAAUGGGAUGGGAGGUUGCC